AUGUCUUCGGAGGUCCUCGUGUCGCCCAAUCGUCAGUCCGCAGGUGUCAUCAAGAGGAAGCGUGUCGUCGACGUGGGACAGAAAACUGUGGAUCAAAUGAACGAACUUGCGCGCUAUGUGAACACCAAGGGACCCUGUGCUAUAUGUAAUACACCGGGGACUGUUGUGACAUUGACACAGAUUAAGAAGCGGAGGCGAAAAUUCAUGCACCACUGGUCCAAGCAUGGUACGGAGACCGCGAAAAGAUCUCCUGAGCUAUGGUCUGCAGACGCCUCGACGCCUCCUUUGGGCCAUGUCAUCAAGCCGAAGGCAGUCUCUUGGACGGAACAUCGUGAGACUGAGGGCGAAAUAGCAGCUCUCCAUACACAGCGCGAAGUGGGCUUGGACCUAGUGAGCAACGACACUGGCGCUUUCCUGCUGCUUGUCAGCGUUGUGGCUCUCGUCGUGGGCGUCCUGGUGAUUAUCAAAGCCACUGAGAACAGCGUCAAGGAGUACCUCUGUCUAGUCACUCCGGCAGCCUCCAUGGACAGUGCCUUGCAGAUGGCGAGCGAAGAGCUGGAGCUCGAGGGGGGCGUUCAAGAGCCGACGGAAGGCAAGCGGCUGGAUGGCGAGGAAGACAAGCAGGGACUUCUGGAUUCGCCCCUAUGGUCCGGACAGGACCGGGCGGCCCGCAAGAUCCAGCGGUGGUACCGGCAAUGCCAGGCUAACCACAGGGAGGGACGGGACCAAGCGCGCAGGAAGCGCACUGACCGCUGGGUCCAGUCUCUCCGCGCUUUUCUAAGUCGCCUUCAGAAGCGGUGGCAGAAGAGGCGCGUGGACAGGCCCUCGGAGACUCCGGCCGACAGACCGCUGCCGGCACUCACAGCGGCGCCCUGCACGACCGUCGACUGCCCCCUUAGCGAGCCGAGCCGAGGACCCAGCGACACGGAGCUGCACACCGCGGACGGGCCGAGCACCUGCAACUCCCGGUGCUUGCUCAGCGGACAUUCGCAGCGCAGCGACGGAGAGCGGGUUGUGCAGCACUGCAGCAGUGCCCCAGUGACGGCCCCUCACAUCCCUUCUCGGCCGCUAAAUUAA